CAAGACCCCAACGGCCUGUCGGCCUCCCAGACCCGCUCCUCUCUCCCGCCGCCGGCACGACAUGGCCUCGCCGGCGCUCACCGACGACCUCCUGUCGGACAUCUUCCUCCGCCUCCCGGAGCCGGCCGACCUCGUCCGCACCUCGGCCGCCUGCGUCCCGUUCCGCCGCCUCGUCACGGACCGCGCGUUCCUCCGCCGGUUCCGCGCGCUCCACCCCGCGCCGCUCCUCGGCUUCCUCGACCACAACGGCUUCCACCCGGCGCUCCCGCCCCACGCCGCCGCGCCCGCGGCUCGCGCCGUCAACCUCGCCGCGGAUUUCUCCUUCUCGUUCCUCCCCUCCUCCUCCGCGGGCCGCGGCUGGGUCCUCCGCGACGUCCGCGACGGCCGCGUCCUCCUCGACCGCGCCCCCGAGGACGGCGCCGGAGACGACCCGUCGGUCUUCACGGAGAUAGCGGUGUGCGACCCCUUGCACCGGCGGUGCGUCCUGCUCCCCGCAAUCCCCGACGACCUGGCCGCCACCGUGGACCAGCCGCUCCGCGUGGAGUUCGACCGCUGGUCCGAGCCCUUCCUCGCCCCCGGCGGCCGCGGGGACCCCGAGGACGAGACGUCGUUCGGGGUGAUCUGGAUGGCGCAGUGCAGAGCCAAGCUGGUCGCCUUCGCCUUCUCCUCCAGCUCCGGGCAGUGGCGAGCCGUCGCGUCGCUGGCCUGGCGCGAUCUGAUGUCCGGCGUGGGCGCGUCCUCAAGGAGCCCUGCGUUCUCCGGGCGUCAAUACGCCCGCGGCUGCUUCUAUUGGGUGAUGGAUUGGAGGGACAAGCUGCUCGUGCUUGACACGAGGACGAUGGAGUUCUCCAUUGCUGACCUCCCAUCGGGCUGCCACAGGCGACAGAUCGCCAUUGUGGAGGCAGCGGAAGGCAGGGUUGGGAUGUUUGCGCUCCGUGACCACGUUGCAGACGGCGCGGUUAGUCUCUAUUAUACUGUAAGGCAAGACGAUGCCGAUGGUUCUAGCCAUUGGCAGAUGGAGAAGACAACCCCAUUGGAUCCUGAGUUCCGGCAUUACAUCAGGGGUGCAAUGGAGAGGUACAUACUCCUGCUAAGGUUUCCUGAACAUCUGAGCUCAGCAGGUGUGCAUGCAAGUUCAUCCGCGGAGAUGGAAGACUUGGAAUGUUUUUCGAUGGACGUCAGGACCUUUCAGCUUCAGAGGGUGUGUCAAUUGAACCAUCACAUUCUACGUGCCUACAUAUAUACCAACUUUCCUCCAUUGCUGUCUCCACAGAGUAUCUAAAGUGCUUUCUGGGGGGGACAUGGUCGGAGCAACAUUCUAGUUCUCAAGGCUCAGAACAGUUGAGGUGUGAGCUUGCUUUAUGAACUGUUAGAUGGUGUCCCAGAUUUCCAUAUUCUCAUGGCCCUCACAGCAGCUGUCGCCAUGUUGAUUUGGUCAUAGUGAUGUUGUAGUAAGAAACAUCCGACUGUAGUAUACUGCAUUUGUACCGAACUACCGAUUAUAGUUAGUGCAGCUAGUAUUGUGCUUCUGCAUAAGUAAACAGUCGUGGGAUUGAGUUGAUGCUGCAAUCAGACUGUCUAAGCAUAUCUGCGAUAUUUGUGUGCAGUAUGUAUCUGAAUUCCGAAAUGCCCUAACAAUUUAUCUGUAUUUGAUGAUAAUAGUAUGUGGGUACUACUUAAUUAUACGGAGACAUCUUUGUUUACCUCUUA